ACAACAUGAACUACUAAAAGAGCAUGAUCACCAAGAUAUCGCUAGUAUAGCACUCCUACCCAUCCUCAAUGUGAUCCUAACAGCCAUCUUGAUCGGCGUUUUAAUCCACGUCUACCAGUCUGCGGAUGGCAAACCUUUGUCAUACAAAAUGGGUGGGAUACCUAUUCAGGCUUUGGUUGCAUUGAUAAUGACAUUAAUCAAAAUGUGCCUUGCUGGUGGCAUAGGAUACGCCAUAUCAGAAUACAAAUGGAUCAAGUUGGAGCAUGGUUCCAAGCUCAGUCUUCUAGAUGUAUACGAUGCUAUUACCAGAGGGAUUGGCGGUAUUAUUCGUGUAUUGAUGGGUAUCCGACCCGAUUUGAUCAUAGUGCCUGGCAUUAUAAUGCAGCUAGGAUUGAUUGCCAUGGGUCCAAGCUCCCAGCAAAUUCUAACGGCCUAUCCAACGUCUUACUGCGAAUAUCAGGACGUUUUAGGGCGAUACACCAACCUGCUGCAAAACGAGACGAUCGCAUCGUGGGACUUGGAUACCAGAGAUAUCCGCAGCUUACGAGGAACAAUUGCCAACUAUUUGCUACAGAUGGCGAUGGCCGGAACAGCGCAGAGCUGGAACAUCCCAAUGAGUGAUCUCUGCCCCGCGUCGGCCGCAAACUGUACCAUUGAAGCAAUUCCAAUAGUGUACAACGUAGUCAGGUGCAGUCCUGGCUCGUUUAAUGAAACCUUGGUGGUCAGCGAGCAAGACCGGUCGGUCAAGACGGUGCAAGAAUAUUACAAUUAUACGGACGGCGAGGAUUACCAGACUUUGCCACAUGCUCCAAACUUUUUGUAUGGCGGUAACAUGCAGUAUCGAACAACGUACGAUCUAGGCAAUUAUACACAGGCCAUUCAAGCAGGAGGAGAAGGAGGAGGAGGAGGAGGAGGAGGAGGAGCAACAACAACCAACGAUUCUACCACUGCACCGCAGCCAGUACCACCAGCAGGAACAGCUUUUGCGGGCGAGCAAACUUUGGUGGCUAUCUCACAUCUCGGAACAGCAAGCCCGUGGUUGGUACGAGGGUCUGAAAUAGCAGUCCAUGAAUGUACACUAGUGCCGUAUCUCAAUCGAACGACCUUUAUCUUUUUGGAGAGAGGAGGAGGUUUGCUCGACUAUCUGGAAACUACGCCAAUUGAGAUGGACUAUGCGUUACUAUCGAAUGCAUCACAUUGGAACAAUCUGGACAACCUGAGCGAUCAAGACCGUAUCAUGGUGAAUGCAUAUGGACUACAAGUUGCUGAGCUAACUUAUUUGAUCGAUCAAAACAUGAAGGAGUUUAACGAUGAUGUCAGCACCAUGUGGUCCGUCAAGAAUAGCGAUAACGACACCAUUGAGAAUUUUCUUCAGGAUCUUGUCUACAGAAUGGAUCGUAUAGUAGUGUUUGGCCGACCGGAAGGUGCAUACUCUGUAGGUGGCAUGGUAUGCUACGAUUUGCCGACUCAAUAUCAUGUCGAUCCAGCUGCAUAUUAUACUUUGUCGCUCUGUCUACUUAUCCCCAUGUUUUGGUGGGUUGUCGUUUGGAUCCUUGCACUGUAUCGUUCUGAUGGUGUCUCGCGUGGUAAUUCGCAAGUGGUGCUUUUGGUGACCGGACUUACUGCUGCUUUACGGCGCCAACUCAAGGGAAUGUCGCAUGCGAGCGUGAAUGAUAUUUUCGAGAGGGCGAAAAAGACCAAUGUCAAGUUUGUAUAA